AUGGAAUCAACCAACAACUCUAGUCUGGAGCCUAUUGCCAUCGUCGGAAUGGCAUGCCGGCUCCCACCAGAUAUUUCUACUUUGGCAGAGUUCUGGAGCUUUUGCGCACACGGAAAAAGUGCCUGGACCGAGAACCCUGAAGGCCGUUUUGAGAACGCGGCAUUUUGGAACAAGAACGCGGACCGUAAAGGAAAGAUCAACAACAAAGGAGGUCAUUACUUGAACCACAACCUUGCCCAUUUCGAUGCUCCCUUUUUCCGCAUUACGGCCAACGAAGCCAAGGCUAUGGAUCCGCAGCAACGGUUUCUCCUCGAGGUCACCUACGAAGCGUUGGAGAAUGGUGGGCUUCCAAUGGAGGAGAUGGCCGGUAAGGAUGUUGCGGUCUUCACAGCCAACUCCUUUUCGGACUACUUGCAUGGCAUCACACGGGACCCUGAAACAGCAGCCACCUUUGCCAUGACCGGCUGUGAUCCUUGUAUGAUCGCAAAUCGGCUUUCUCACUUCUUCGAUUUCCGCGGGCCUAGCAUUACCGUUGAUACCGCGUGCUCCUCGGCCAUGACUGCCAUCCACUUGGCCUGUCAAAGCCUUCGUUCAGGAGAUGCACCUUACGCCAUCGUCGCCGCUGCACAUCUGAAUAUCUACCCCCAGAGCACAAUUCUGUAUUCUUUGUCUCAUCUCCUCUCCCCCGAAGGAAAGUGUCACGCAUUCGACGAUCGGGCUACAGGGGGCUUCGGCCGGGGAGAGGGAGCCGCAUGUUUGGUGCUCAAACCUCUCAGCGUAGCACUCGAAGCAGGUGACCGCAUCUACAGUGUCAUUAAGAACACAGGUGUUAACCAAGAUGGCCGAGCAAGUGCUGGAAUCACCGUGCCAAAUGGAGAGGCCCAGGAGAGAUUGAUUCGAUCCGUGUACGCCGCGUGUGGCCUCGAUCCAUCCCAGACUCGGUACGUGGAGGCUCACGGAACCGGAACUGCCAUUGGCGAUCCAAUAGAAGUGGAGGCCAUUGCCAAAAUCUUUGGAAAACAGGGCACUGGCUUGGAGCCGACGUUUGUCGGAUCCGCGAAGUCCAACUUCGGUCAUCUAGAAGGGGUUAGCGGCCUAGUCUCGAUUAUCAAGACCUCCAUGAUGCUUGAGAAGGGAAUGCUGUUGCCAAACGCCAACUUUAUAAAUCCGAAUCCCAAGCUAAACUUGCAAGGAAACAAUCUACAAGUUCUCACUGGAAUAAAGCCUUGGCCAAGGUCUGGGAUCCGCAGGGCAUCCGUCAAUAACUUUGGUAUCGGUGGAUCUAACUCGCACGGCAUUUUUGAGCAAGCACCACCAAAGCCUAGUCCAAAGCCGUCAAACUGCUCGUAUAUUUUUGCCCUCUCAGCCAGCUCCGAAUAUUCAAGCCGCAUGCAGUUGAGCCAGUUGUCGGCCUAUGUGCGAAAACAUCCCUUGUUCUUCAAUCAGACCAUCAUGGAAGAUCUCGCUUUCACACUCUCAGCACGAAGAUCUCUGCUGCCCUGGCGGACUACUGUAACUGCAAAGAGUCCGAAUCAGCUUAUUGAGAAGUUACGUGCAGAGUCUACGACUGCGAUACGUUCAACCAGGCAACCAUUGGUGGGCCUGGUAUUUACCGGCCAAGGUGCCCACUGGCCACAAAUGGGCCAAGAACUUGCCUGCUAUCCCGUAUUUGCAAAGUCACUGGAACAAUCGCAAAGUAUGCUCCUAGAGUUAGGGGCCACCUGGAAGCUACAAGAUGAAAUGUUCAAGAGUCCCGAAGACUCACAGUUGGGUGUCCCGCAGAUAAGUCAAGCCGCCUGCUGCGCCAUCCAAAUUGCUCUGGUGGACUUGCUGCGUUCAUGGGGACUAGAUACCACCGCCGUGGUCGGCCAUUCUAGCGGCGAGAUUGCUGCUGGUUAUGCAGCCGGCAUCCUAUCUGCCGCUACCUGUAUCAGGGUAGCAUAUCAUCGUGGGAUGGCCACAAUGGAGAUAAAAGAGCAGUUCCCAAAUUUGAAGGGAUCGAUGAUUGCUGUGGGAUGCCGUGAGGCUUUGUUGCAGAGCCUCCUGGCGCUACUUGCCUCUGGCUCGGCUAACAUCGCGUGUAAGAACAGUCCCUCUAGCUUUACGGUAUCUGGUGACCGCAGCGCAAUUGAAGAGCUUCAUGUCCUAUGCGAGUCACGGAAGAUUUUCAACCGGAUUUUGAAUGUUGAUAUUGCCUACCACUCGAGUCACAUGGGGUUUGUUGCCGACAGUUACCUUGCAGCCCUAGGCGACAUCGAUUGUGGCGUGAGUUCAGUGAAGUUUUUCUCCUCAACCGAAGGUAGCCUGCUCCAACAGCCAAACCUGAACAGUUGCUAUUGGACGAGCAAUUUGACUGGCAAAGUCUUAUUUUAUGACUCCCUGUCGGCUAUGUCUCGCUAUUUUGAACCAGUACGCGACGAGAAGCGAGGAAUUGAAAUUCUCGUCGAAGUUGGUCCCCAUGCAGCGCUCAAAGGUCCUGUUUUGCAGGUUCUAAAAGAUAUUGCAAAGACAAAAGACAUUGAAUACUUCCCGACAUUGGUCAGGGGCAAGAAUGGGAUCGACACCAUGCAUGAACUGGCCGCCUCGCUGAGCUCGAAGGGACUGCCCAUCAAUCUGGAGGAAGUCAAUUUUGGUAACAGCGCAAACCUAUCCAAGCAGUUCGCUGUUUUGGGGGACCUUCCGUCAUAUCCGUGGAGGCAUCAGGAAGAAUACUGGCAAGAACCACGAAUCAACAAGUUUUACCGGGAAAACAAGAUUCCUUAUAACGAUCUACUGGGCUCCUUUGCCACUGAUUUCAACACUUUGGAGCCUAGAUGGAGGAACAUUGUUCGCCUAGAUGACCUGCCGUGGCUUCGCGAUCAUCGUGUGCAGUCGGAAGUAGUCUUCCCAAUGGCUGGCUAUAUUUCGAUGGCCAUCGAGGCCAUAUCACAGUAUAGACUGCUCCAGGGGAUUUCUCAUGGCGUUACGUAUGUUCUCCGCGAGAUGUUGGUCAGGUAUCCAUUGAUGCUCUCUGAGUUGGCUGAGUAUGACAUGACCCUGUCACUUCGCCCGUAUAUCAUUGGACCCCAAACUCAGUCAACGAAGUGGUAUGAGUUUGCCAUCUUUUCAUGCUCUGAAGAUUCAGAAUUUGAAGAGCGCUGCAGAGGUAAAAUCUGUGCCUUACAUAGACCUCCAGUUGGAGUCAAAAGUGGCUAUAUUGACCCGGACGGCUUUAUUGGAGCAGCACUGGAUAACACCGAUUUCUAUACAGCCGUCAAGCGCUCCGGUAUUGAGUACGGUGCUGCUUUCCAAGGUCUACAUGACAUCAAAGCCGCCAGCUGUGAAGCAAUCGCAAAACUAAGGAUUCCAGACACCGCCAAAACCAUGCCCUCUAUGUGCGAAAGCUCGUAUGUGCUGCAUCCAGCUACAGUCGAUAUCCUAAUGCAGACGAUUUUACUCCUUGCACACUCCAAAUUUGGUGGAUUAGACCGACUCUACAUGCCCCGCUAUAUUGAGGAAAUCGAGGUUCAGCCACUCUCCGCCCUAGGAGAAGGCGAGGAAUUCCCUAUUAGCGGGAUCAUUUCGGACCCUUCUCCAGACUCUCCAGUAUUUUCUUUGUCUGCACAACAUGGUGGUGAAAGUCUCAUUUCUAUCAAAGGCUUACAAUGCCGUGGGCAACAGUUACCGCAAGUUUCUUCGGAGAUCACAGAUUUCUGUUACAAGGUGGAAUGGAGACCGUGGGUGGACAUCCUCUCAAGCGAUGAACUUCGCCGGAUUUUUCAAUCGUCCAAUGACGGCUUCGCUGAGGAGCAAUUGCGUGUCAAUCUAUUUAAGGAUGUUUCAUUGUACUACAUUCGCGAGGCACUGAAGCAGCUCGAGGACUAUGACGCGCCAAGACAUGUGAACAUGCACCGGUGGAUGAAAGAACAGGUCGAAGAGCAACGCCACAAUGCUAUAGAUAACCAGCAUGCCCAGGAACUUAUAAAAACGGCAGGCCAAGCUGGGUCGGUUGGAAAGUUCCUCUGCCGGAUGGGUGAAAACAUUGCCCGUAUAGUCCGCGAAGAAGUGGAGCCUCUGAGCCUGAUGCUGGAAGACGAUCUACUCACAAGCUAUUACGAGAACUUGGACCCCCUGAAGAACCGUCUUUACCCUGCAGCAGCAUCGAUCGUUGCUGCCUUGGCUCACCAGAAUCCCAACUUACGCAUCUUGGAGAUUGGGGCUGGAACAGGGGGAACGACGUUGCCCAUUCUACAAGCUCUCGGCGAGCCGGUGGUAACCGGGCAAACCCUCUUCGAAUGCUAUGUUUUCACCGAUGUCAGUGCCGGGUUCUUUGAAAAAUCCAAGAUUAAACUCCAGUCUUGGAAGGAUAUGAUGGAAUUCCGAGUUCUGGAUAUCGAAGCCUCGCCGGUGGAUCAGGGUUUCAUGGAAGGGUCCUACGAUCUAGUCAUCGCAGCCAACGUCUUACAUGCAACGGUCAAUAUGUCGAAAACGAUGACAAACGUUCGAUCCCUUCUCAAACCCGGCGGUAAGCUGCUUUUGCUGGAGAUAACGAGCCCAAGCAUUGCAUCAUUCCCCUUUGCAACAUUGCCCGGGUGGUGGCUCGGGGAAGAGGAGUUCCGUCAAAAUGGGCCCACUCUUUCCUCCAUGACUUGGGAGACAGUUUUGAAAUCAGCAGGUUUCUCUGGUAUUCAGGCAGAGCUUUACGAUUACCCUGGCACCCCGGAGCAAGAAUGUAGCUUGAUGCUGAGUUCGGCCAUGGCACCCGAUCAAUGGAGCCCAACCGGUGAUCUCACAAUUGUCGCAUGCGGUUCCUCAGAGGGCCUUGCUGAAGCGCUCAAAGCCAGUCUAGCGACAUCUCUACAAAUAACUGCAAGUGUCAAGUCACUCGAGGCCAUUGCCACCGAGCCUAAUACUUCAAAAAGCUAUAUUGUACUGGAGGACUUCGACGCCCCUCUUCUAUGCAGUGUCAACGAGCUUCAAUACCAGGGCCUGCAGUGCAUCUGCAAGGCCGAGAGAAACCUGUGGGUAGUAGCAGGGGCCAACCAGGGAUCCGUAAACCCCAAGGCGAGCAUGACUUUGGGGCUCUCUCGAAGCAUCCGGGAAGAAAAUCACAAUCAGAAGCUGGUUGUAUUGGAUCUGGAUCUCGAUAGUCGGCUCCCAAGUGCUGAAGCAGCUGCCAUGAUUAUCCACGUAUUUGCGCACUCCUUUGUCAAGCCCGAUACAACCAUGGCGGAGAUCGAACUCUCCGAAAGAAAUGGGAUCAUUCGGAUUCCUCGAUACAAAAAAGACACAGAAAUGAACCAGGUAAUCGUUGACACCCGGGAUCAAUUUGCACCGAAGUCUCAAAUCGGCUGGGAUAGUGGACAUUCACUCAAAAUGAAUACAGAAACACCGGGGACCUCUAAAGAGCUUUCUUUCGUUGAAAAUGGACCAUUGCAAUCGACCAUCGAGGACAUGGAUAUCGAAAUAGAGGUCAAAGCUUGCGGCGUCAGCUUCCAAGAUGUCCUGAUUAGAAAUGGCAAGGUUGUUGGAGACAUGGGCUACGAAUGCAGCGGUUUGAUAACAGCCACUGGGCUCGGAGUCAAUGACCUCGCCAGUGGCGAUCGUGUUUGCGCUUUGACGCGAGGUUCAUACGCAUCCAUUGUGCGCUGCCCCUCGGUCCAGGUGGUCAAAAUUCCCAAUGAAAUGACAUACACAACCGCCGCCGCCAUCCCAAUGGCCUUUGCCACAGCCUACUACUCUGUCAUAACGAUCGGUCACCUUGAGCGAGGCGAAACAAUCCUCAUCCACCAAGCUGCAGGUGGUGUGGGUCAAAUGGCCCUGGAAAUUGCCCAAUGUAUUGGCGCAGAGGUAUAUGCUACCACCGGUUCUGCCGACAAGAAACAAGCAAUCUCAGAUAAUUUCCACAUUCCACUUGACCACAUCUUUUGUGAGGAUCAAAUGUCAUCAUACGAUGAUCUGAUGAACGCGACCACAGGGAGAGGAUAUGAUGUUGUUCUGAAUACCCGGUCCAAUGAAGCAUUGGAUGUGUCGUGGAAGUCUGUCGGACCACAUGGGAGAUUUGUGAAUCUUGCCCUCGCCGAUAUUUUGGAUGACAACCACCUUUCUAUGAGGCCAUUCAGCAGAGGCGCCUCCUUCUUCUCGAUAGACCUCGAGGCCCUAAUGAAAGACAAACCCCAGCUAUUGCACGAUAUUCUGAUCCGUGGGGUUGAUCGGUACGCUACUGGCGUGAUGAAGUCGGCAAUAUCGCCCAAGUGCUACCCUAUAGGGGCGAUAGAAGAUGCCUUCAACGAUCUCAGCCAGGGUAAUACGAUCGGGAAGCUAGUCAUAGACUUCGCAUCGCCAGUCCCAGUAUCGGUGACGGUGAAAGAGUCAAGCGUGCCGUUGUUCACGCCCAAUGAAUCUUACCUUGUCGUUGGUGGCGGUGGUGGCAUCGGACGUAGCAUCGUUCAAUGGAUGAGCCGCAGAGGAGCCAAAAACAUCAUCAUUAUGACUCGCAGUGGGCUACAAUCCCAAAGGGUACGCGAACUGGAGUCGGAGAUGCAGCUGAAGGGAAUACGACUGGUCGUGCUUCAAGGCGAUGUCGCAGAUGCCAGCAGCCUGGAAGCUGUUAUCCAGGAGAGUGCAAAAAUCCUUCCGCCCAUAAAAGGUGUCAUCCAUAGUGCUAUGGUGCUCAAAACCAGGCUGUUCGAGAACAUGCCCUUCCAAGAUUAUCGCGCGGUGGUCAGUCCCAAGGUACAGGGUGCAUGGAACCUGCAUAAACGUUUCAGUGAUCCUCAAAGUCUGCGAUUCUUCAUCAUCAUUUCAUCCAUUACUGGCACUGUUGGGCCCCCGAGCCACGCCGCUUACGGUGCCGCCACAACAUAUCUAGGAUCACUGGCACGGAUGCGGAAGGCUCAAGGCCUCCCUGGUGUCUCCAUCGACUUGGGUCCAGUGAUCAAAGUUGGGUACAUUGCUGAGCAAACCAGUCGACAGCAGAUCAUUGACAAAAACUGGGGGGAUUCUGGUCUCACCGACAUGGAUAUCAAUGCCAUUAUGGAUACGGUGAUCAGUGGACGAUAUAGUCCCAGUUGGGAUGCUGAAUGUUACACCUGCUUACUUCCACCCUCCUCCUAUGUUCCUUUUUGGUUUGCAGAUAGUCGAUUCGCCCAUUGCCGGCACCCCCGUCUCACGGACGAACAGGGAACCGACUGCAUCGAUGACAAACGAGUUAUUCCGCUUGGCCAGUUGUUGUCCAACAGUCAGUCUCUUGAGGACGACGGAUCUAUCAUUUAUGAUGCCGUCGUGGGCAAGUUCGUCUCGGUCUUGUCGCUGCACCCGGAUGAUAUCUUACCCUCGACGCCCCCUGGUACUUGUGGGGUAGAUUCGUUGGUGGCCAGCGAAAUCCGCAACUGGAUUUUGCGUGAACUUAAGGCAAGCCUGAGUUUACCGGAGCUUCUGAACAGUGCUUCCUUUGUGGAUUUGUCCAACACCAUCACUCAACGGUAUCGGAAAUCCAAGGAGGUCUGA